CCACAUCCGCUUCCGGCCGAGGCCGUGGAAAGAUGGCGGCGGCCAUAGCCGCCUCGGCCUUGCCGCUCGUGUUUGGGCGGGUGGUGUCCUCGUGCAGCCGCAGCAUCCUGAGGCCGUCGGGCCCCGGAGCGGCCUCCCUGUGGUCUGCUUCCAGAAGGUUCCGUUCUCAGAGCACUUCAUUUCCAGCAGGAUACGUUCCCAAGACGUCCCUGAGUUCGCCACCUUGGCCAGAAGUCGUCCUGCCGGACCCGACGGAGGAGGCCCGACACCACACAGAGGUGGUGGCCAAGGUGAACCAGCUGAUCGCCGGGGGCCAGUACGGCCGGCUCUUCGCCGUGGUGCACUUCGCCAGCCGCCAGUGGAAAGUCACCUCCGAGGACCUCAUCUUGAUUGAGAACGGGUUAGACGCGGCGUGCGGAGAGAGGAUCCGGCUGGAGAAGGUCCUGCUGGUCGGCGCUGACGACUUCACGAUCCUGGGCAAGCCGCUGCUGGGGCGGGACCUCGUUCGCGUAGAAGCCACCGUCAUCGAGAAGACGGAGUCGUGGCCGAAAGUCAACAUGAAAUUUAAGAAAAGGAGAAACUACAAGAAGAAAAGAAUCAUUGUGAGCCCCCAGACCGUGCUCCGGAUAAACUCCAUCGAGCUUGCCCCGCGCCUGUGCUGACGGUGGUGCCUGCGGGCUGUGGGAAUAAACUCGCGGGAGACCCGGUGUCUGUGUCCUGCGCCUGCCACGGCUGUUCUCACUUCAGCUUCGGCCCCUCCGGGUGACUCGGGGCUGACGGCCUGGCUUGGGCCCCAGCUCUGUCAGGGGGCAGAUGGCCGGAUUCCUCCAGAGCCCCACGGCAUCUGUGGAAAUGGGCGAAGGAAGACCGCCUGCGACGGGGAGGCCUGCCAACCCCAUUCGCCUGCUCUAUCCCCUCCCCCACCUUCGCCAGGGCCCCUGCAGUGCCCUCCGUGAGCAGCCCUGGAGCCCAGCCCUUGUGCAGG